AUGGUUGAUUUGAUGUUUGAGAGAAGGGGUGGAGUGGUUGAUGUUAUCAUCCCUGGAUAUGAGGAAGAUUUCAAAUGUAAGAUCAUUCCUCCACGUGAGGCCUGGAGGAUCAAAGUCAGGGUACUAAGGGCUUGGACUGUACCUAGCUUUGGUAAUGCAGAUGUUCCAAAUUCAAUGGAACUUAUUCUGGUUGAUGAAAAUUCUACCAAAAUCCAGGCCACUGUAAGGAAGCAACUAAUACACAAGUUUAAAGAUCAUCUUCUUGAAGGCAGUUGUUAUAAGAUGAGUUAUUUUGCUGUUGUUUCAAACCAAGGCUCUUAUAGAGCUACAAAGCAUGAGUUCAAACUCAUUUUUCUAUUUCGUACAACAGUGACAACAAUUCCUGAUGAUAUAAUACCCAAGUCUUGUUUUUCUAUAUAUCCCUUUGAAGACAUAUUGCAAAUGAGUCAGGAUCAUGACUAUUUAGUUGAUGUAAUUGGUCUUUUGACAUUGGUUGGGGAAGAGAAAAACUAUGACAGGGAUGGUAAAACGGUUAAGAUGGUUGUUGUCGAACUUUCUUCACAAAAGAUGAUGCUGCGAUGCGCAUUAUUUGGAGAGUACGUGGACCAGUUAAAUGAUUUUCUUGCUUCUGGUUAUGUUGAGCAACCGGUUGUCAUUGUUCAACUUGCUAAGAUUAAACUUUUUCGAGGUCAACCUGGUCUCCAGAAUGUUAUGAAAGCAACAAAAAUUUACUUUAAUCCUGAUUUGUCAGAAGUUAUUGAUUUUCGAAAAAGCAUGGUCGAACAAGGAAUUAAUGGCACUCAACCUUUAUUCAUUGCGAAUGAGGGAAAAUCCGUUUCAUUGGAGGAUGACUUCAUGCGCCUAACUAGGCGAUCCACAAUAGAUCAAUUACAUGAUAACAAAGAGGAUGGGAGUUUUGUUAUUAUGGGUACUAUCACUGAUAUUGUUGAAGAGGGCUGUUGGUGGUAUUCCACUUGUGUGUGUGGAAAGGCAGUUUAUCCUGAGUCUGGGGUCUAUUUCUGUGAUCUUUGCAUGCAUCAUGUGACAAAUGUGAUUCCAAGGUUCAGACUUAAAGUAGCAGUUUCUGAUCAUACUGGACAGGGCAUAUUCAUUUUGUUUGAUCGUGAAACAGCUUAUUUGCUUAAAAAAGCAUGUGCUGACCUUUUUAAUGAAGUCCAAAAGGAGCCAACUGUUCUGUGUGGAGAUAGCUAUCCUAUUACAUUUAAAACUUUAGAGGGUAAAAAAGUUAUACUAAAAGUAGAUACCAAGUCCCUUGGUAUAGACAAAUACUUUGGAACCUUUCGUGUAAAAAGGAUAUGUGAUGACCCAACUAUUAUUUCUAUGUUUGAGCUUGCUGAGAAUGAGAACGAAGUGACACCUGUCAAGGAUGCACAUGUUCCUGGGAUUGGUUUGGACAUAGGUGAACCCUCUUAUACAUAG